GCUACUAAGCGUUUUCGACAUUCUCACAAUGGCGAGGUAGUGGAAAGAAUGGGUUGGCUACGCGUCUCUGGGCGAAGAAGAAACCUUACAUUUUGUUGAAGGUCGCAGUUUUUUGUCAUCUAUUGAUAGCGACGGAAUGCUUGCUGUUUAGAAGGGCCACAUGAAGAGYGGAGUGUACGAUCAGGUGGUGGGUUUAUGGAGACUGCUACGUAUGCAGCAGCCAGCUUACAUCGGGACCAAAAYCGGGUUGGAUAAGAAAGAGGCUUUCCUACCAUGAGAGCGAGCUAACCCCGUUUUUUAUGACGAGGGAGAAACAAUUGAACCAAUAUUGCUUUACAAAGACGCUGUGUUGGCAACAGCGAGAAUAGGCUACGAGGCUAAUCGGAGUUGGGUCAAGUUUUGGGGAAUGGCAGGUCGAAGCCGAAGAGCAUGGUUUAGUGUUCUGUUGGGGCUGGUUGUCGGGUUCACCCUGGCUUCCAGACUCAUAUUACCGAAGGCUACGGAGCUGAAGAAAUCCGGUCAGAAACGCAAGGCYAACCCAGCCGGUUGCGGGUUGAACGGGGGUCUGAGGAGAGAAUACGGUGGGGUGUUAUGGCCCCCGCAAGAUAACGGAUUUUCGGCGACCGAGAAGCCAGUUCCGAGGUCCAACAAUUUCCUUUACGUCGGCGUCAUGACUGCCCAGAAGUACCUGAAUAACCGCGCCAUCGCGGCACAUAGAACGUGGGCUCAGACCAUCCCGGGCCAUGUYGAGUUCUUCUCCAGCGAGGGUUCGGACACCACCAUUCCCAUCCCCAUCGUGGCGCUGCACAACGUGGACGACUCCUACCCACCGCAGAAGAAGUCCUUCAUGAUGCUCAAGUACAUGCACGACCACUACCUGGACCAAUAUGAGUGGUUCAUGCGGGCCGACGAUGAUGUGUACAUCAAGAGCGAGCGCCUGGAGGGCUUCCUGCGCUCGCUCAACAGCAGCGAGGCCCUCUUCCUGGGCCAGACGGGCAUGGGCGCCCGCGACGAGCUGGGCAAGCUGGCGCUGGAGCCCGGCGAGAACUUCUGCAUGGGCGGCCCCGGCGUGAUCAUGAGCCGCGAGGUGCUGCGCCGGGUGGCGCCCCACAUCGGCCAGUGCCUGCAGGAGAUGUACACCACGCACGAAGACGURGAGGUGGGCCGCUGCGUGCGGAGGUUUGCCGGCGUGCAGUGCGUCUGGUCCUARGAGGUAAGAGCAAAGAUGGCAGCUGGUCGUAUUGUAUACUGCAGUUAGUAGAUCUAUCACGGCUUUUGAAGGUUUAUUUUUAAUUGGUGUUAUACAAGAGAAGGCUGGGUAGAAAACCAUCUGAGAUUGAGGAUGUAGUCGGUAGAAGUGACCUUCAAUGUCGUCCGUCUGAAGUGUACRWAAAUGUGAGGAGGGGAAURGCCAACAAGACGCCUACCUUGGCUUGAAGUACUCUGUGAAGCGAAAGACAUCAUGAAGUGGAUUUCCCACACACCACAGUAGUGUCAAGGGCAUAAGUUGAUAAUCAGUAGAUCUGGCACCUUCAGUAGACACUCCUUAGAGUAUCUCCUGGCAGAUUUAGUAUUCAGAUCUUAUUCAUGUGACCAUAUGAUUGCUUGACAGAUCAAAGAAAGGGGCAAUUCCAUGAAA